AUUACUUCCCUGAUAACUGGUUAACCAAAAGGUUAGUGUUUAUCCUUGAAUAUAUUUUACCUCAGAGCUGGGCAAUGAACCACUGUAGCGGGCUUUGCAUUGCUGCCUCUACCUACAGCUAUUACUGGUCAUUGGAAGACCUUAGAGUCAGAAUCUUCUUGUGUAAGAGCCCUGAAUGCUGUGACCAACCCCAGUGUCUACAGCAUCUUUGCAGCUGUUAAUCUCACUGUUCUCGUUCCUAUUGAAGAAAUUACUGCCUUGAGCAAUUCAGAUAUCUUAGAGAUCCUGCGAACUCUCACUGAUAUCAGAGCAGACCUGACUUCACACAGUGGUACGAAUGCCAUCUCACAGUGAAAGGAAACCCAUUGAGACAUGACACUGAGUAGGCGCUUAGGAGGCCCAGAAAUGCCUUUGGUGUGUUUGGCAGACUUUAAGGCACAUGCGCAAAAGCAGCUGUCUAAGACCUCCUGGGACUUUAUUGAAGGAGAAGCUGACGACGGCAUCACCUACAGUGAGAACAUAGCAGCAUUUAAAAGAAUCCGCCUCCGCCCCCGAUACCUGAGAGAUAUGUCAAAGGUGGACACCAGGACCACAAUCCAAGGGCAGGAGAUCAGUGCUCCCAUCUGCAUCUCACCCACAGCCUUUCACUCCAUUGCCUGGCCGGAUGGAGAAAAGAGCACAGCUAGAGCUGCUCAGGAGGCCAACAUCUGCUAUGUCAUCAGCAGUUAUGCCAGCUAUUCCCUGGAAGAUAUUGUUGCUGCUGCCCCCGAAGGCUUUCGUUGGUUCCAACUCUACAUGAAGUCAGACUGGGACUUCAACAAGCAGAUGGUUCAGAGGGCAGAAGCCUUGGGUUUCAAAGCUUUGGUGAUCACUAUAGAUACGCCUGUACUUGGCAAUAGGCGACGGGACAAGAGAAACCAGCUGAAUUUGGAGGCAAACAUAUUGUUGAAGGAUCUCCGAGCCCUCAAAGAGGAAAAGCCCACACAGUCUGUCCCCGUGUCUUUUCCGAAAGCAUCUUUCUGCUGGAAUGAUCUUUCCUUGCUUCAGAGUAUAACUCGGUUGCCCAUUAUCCUCAAAGGGAUUUUGACGAAAGAGGAUGCAGAGUUAGCAAUGAAGCACAACGUCCAAGGCAUCGUUGUUUCCAACCAUGGUGGGAGGCAGCUUGAUGAGGUUUCUGCUUCAAUUGAUGCUCUGAGAGAAGUGGUGGCUGCUGUCAAAGGGAAAAUUGAAGUGUACAUGGAUGGUGGGGUUCGAACUGGCACUGAUGUGUUGAAGGCACUGGCCCUUGGAGCUAGGUGCAUUUUUCUUGGGAGACCAAUCCUUUGGGGCCUUGCCUGCAAGGGUGAAGAUGGUGUUAAGGAAGUUUUAGAUAUUCUAACAGCAGAACUCCAUAGAUGUAUGACCCUUUCAGGUAUGGAUUUUGCUCAUUCCUCUAGAAUGGAGAUUCAGGUGGGAGGUCUACAGAUGGGAGUUGAAGGUCCUUCAUGCUGGUUAACCUUGCCUUGACUUGAUAGCUGUCCUGAAGACUGAACAGUUAUAGAAAUGUCCUACAAAGAGAUCAAGAACUGCUCUCUGACAGUGGAAACCCUGUAGUUUUCUCUAGGACAGUGUUAGUGCUAAAUUGAUUCAAUUUGUAGGCCACCUAAGGCUUCUGCCCCCGGUGUGAAAUUUCCUACAUUUCUAUUUUAGGAAAGGAAUCUCUCAUUGGUUACAUUUUGUGAUAUACUUUGUUCAUGUUUUGUGUGUAUUGGUGAAGGUGGCUACAUAGAGUUCAAUUCUACACAGACUCUGACUAAAUUCUACCAGCUAUUUCAUUGUCUGUCCUUGAUCACAGCUUCCCAUGCAUUGAUUUCCCUUGCAACCAGGAUUUCAAAACACAUUUGAUAUAAAUAACAUUUUAUCAAGAUGAGCACAAAGGCGAAAGGCUUGCUCCUGAUGCAUCAUCCCAAGCAAUGAAGGAAGAGAAGUGAGCGAGCUCUGUAAUAGAGAGGGGAACACACACACACAAAGAGAGAGAGAGAGAGAGACAGAGAGAGACAGAGAGAGAGAGAGAAACAGAGAGACAGAGAGACAGAGACACAGAGACACAGACACAGAGAGAGACAGAGACACAGAGAGACAAAUACAGUGAAAGAGAUAGAAACAGAGAAAGAUACACAGAGAGAGUGUGCAGGGGCAGGUGUGGAGGUAAAAAGAUAACUCUUGGGAGUUGCUUUCUCCAGCCAUUUUUUGGGAACUCGGGAUCAAACCCAUGCAUUAGAUCUGUGUUCAAAAAUCUCUUCCUGCUAAGUCUUCUCACUUGCCUAGAAACAAGCUUAUAAAGUGGUUGAUUCUUUCAGGCUGCCAGUCAGUUGCUGAGAUUAGUCCAGACCUGAUUCAGUUCUCCAGAUUAUAAGGACCUACUGAGAUCCCUACAAGAGGAAGACAAGACUUCAACAUAGUGUGUGAGCCUAUUCUUCUUCGGUCCGAUCAUACCUAGUAGUUUGAGCCCUCUACCUUGAGAAAUCCAGAUGGAUGAAGAAAAGAUAGCUAACAGCUACCAGAGGGGUGCAUUUGGAUGAAGGAAUAACAUCUAAUGUUCUACAGGAUAACUAUAACUGACAAUUAAUUGACUAUGUCCAAUAGCCAUGUUCCAGAAAGAAAGGAAAUAGUUACAUCUGGUGUGACAUGCCAAUUACCUUCAUUUGAUUAUUAUGUACACUAUACAUUAUUGAAACGUCAUACUGUGCCAUAAUUAUGUGCAAUUACUAUGUAUCAAUUAAAACAACAAUAUAUAUUUAAAAAUGAAGACAGCAUUAUCCUGAUGUUUUACUCAUUCCCUCCUGCAAGAAAUAUUUGGAAUUUAAUAAACUUUAAUCCAUGAAGUCAUAAUGUAGCAGAGAGCAAAUGAAUGUGUGAAUUAUGCAAGGUUCUGACACAGCAUGUUACUGAAGUGUUAUGAUCUAUUGCCUAAUGUCCAUUAUUGACAGUAGCUGACCUCAAAAAAAAAGAGGAAGAUUUUGAAACUCAUUUUCCAGGAUACAUGACUAAAUUAACUAUUCCAGCCACUUACUGAUAUAUGAAAAAGAAGAUAUCUUUAUUCUGGUCAUAAUCAUUUUGUCAAAUAAAUCUAGACCUUUUCAAUAAAGUGUAUAGAGUGAAAA